GCAUCUCUUUCCCCGGAGUCGUUUUGUUAUCACCAGACUCUCAGCGACGCCCGUAGGGCUAGGACGCCCCUACUUUCGUGCUCAGUCUCUUGGGCUCUGCGACUGCGUCCGCCCUCCAGUCGGCUCAGACCUGACCAUGCUGCGCAAGCUGACCCUCGACCAGAUCAACGACUGGUUCACCAUCGGCAAGACGGUGGCCAAUGUGGAACUCUUGGGGUCUCCGCCCACCUUUCCCGCUGGCCCUCCUGGGAUUGGGGUGCAAGCUCAUCAUGCCCAAGCCCAGGCUCAUGCUUAUGCCCAGGCCCAGGCUCAGGCCCAGGCUGAGAUGGAGGCAGAGGCCCUGGCUCAGGCCGAGAUGGAGGCAGAGGCCCUGGCUCAGGCUGAGGUGGAAGCAGAGGCCUUGGCUCAGGCCGAAGCCGAAGCCGAAGCCGAGGCCGAAGCCGAGACCGUAGCCGAAUCCGAGGCCGAGGCCGAAGCCGAAGCCGAGGCCGAGGCCGAGGCGAGGCCGGAAGAAGAGGAGAAAAAACCACUUAAGAGUGACCAAGCGGCAUUGGGAUCAGAUGGCAGUGUUGUCAACGAGGAGGCCCAUGUUCCAGCCUUGGCCUCCCCGGCAGUCGGCAGGCUGCAUGAGAGAAAGAGUCCUGAAAUGGAAUAUAUAAACAAAUACAGACAGUUAGAAGCUGAAGAAUUUGAUGUAUACAACAAUGAUCAUUCAAACAGUGGACCAGGUCCAAAGAAGCCUUUAUGUAAACCAAACAGUGUGCCAUCUAUCCCAGAAACAAAUUACAAAUAUCCUGAUUUGCCUAUAAAUCGGUGUAAGGAAGAGGUUAUUUCCUUGAUAGAAAGCAAUUCAGUUGUAAUUAUUCAUGGUGCAACUGGUAGUGGAAAAAGCACCCAGCUUCCUCAGUAUGUCUUAGAUUAUUAUAUUCGCCGUUCUACAUACUGCAACAUUGUGGUUACUCAACCACGGAAAAUAGGAGCCAGUAGCAUUGCAAGAUGGAUUAGUAAAGAGAGAUCUUGGACCUUGGGUGGUUUGGUAGGAUAUCAGGUUGGACUAGAAAAAAUAGCUACCAAAGACACAAAGUUAAUUUACAUGACCACUGGUGUGCUGCUUCAGAAAAUAGUUGGUGCCAAAAGUUUGGCAGAAUUUACCCAUGUCUUCAUUGAUGAAGUACAUGAACGUACAGAGGAAAUGGAUUUUCUCUUGUUGGUUGUCCGCAAACUUUUAAGGACAAAUUCACGUUUUGUGAAGGUAAUCCUGAUGUCAGCUACCAUCAAUUGUAGAGAAUUUGCUGACUAUUUUGCUGUUCCAGUUCAGAACAAAAUGAAUCCUGCUUAUGUGUUUGAAGUGGAAGGCAAGCCUCACACAAUUGAAGAAUAUUACCUUAAUGAUUUGGUACAUGUUAAUCAUAUCAGGCUUCCUGCACAGCUUAUGGAUGAACCAAUGAUAACAAAGGAAAUGUAUGAAGUUGCCAUUUCCUUGAUUCAGUUGUUUGACGAAUUGGAUAUGAAAGAAAAUGGAGACAAAAACUUGUCGGGUACCAACUUUGUGUCAGAACGCAGUAGUGUGUUGGUUUUUUUGCCAGGUUUAGGUGAAAUAAACUACAUGCAUGAACUCCUUACAAACAUGGUUCACAAAAGAUUGCAGGUUUAUCCUCUCCAUUCCAGUGUGACUUUGGAAGAACAGAAUAAUGUAUUUUUAACUCCAGUCCCUGGGUAUAGAAAGAUUAUUUUAUCUACAAACAUAGCAGAGAGCUCUGUCACAGUGCCAGAUGUUAAAUAUGUUAUAGAUUUUUGUUUGACUAGAACACUUGUUUGUGAUGAAGACACUAAUUACCAGAGUCUGCGACUGAGCUGGGCUUCUAAAACCAGUUGUAAUCAGAGAAAAGGUCGGGCUGGGCGUGUUUCUAAAGGGUAUUGUUACAGACUCAUCCACAAAGACUUUUGGAUAAAUUGUAUCCCAGAUCAUGUAGUUCCUGAGAUGCUGCGCUGUCCAUUAGGAAGCACAAUUUUAAAAGUAAAGUUGCUUGAUAUGGGUGAGCCAAGAGCUUUGCUGGCAACUGCUCUUUCUCCACCCAGUCUUGGUGACAUUGAACGGACCAUCCUUCUGCUAAAAGAGGUAGGAGCACUUGCUGUUAGUGGGCAGAGAGAAGAAGAAAAUCCCCAUGAUGGUGAACUGACUUUCUUAGGACGGGUUUUGGCCCAACUUCCUGUAGAUCAGCAACUUGGUAAAUUAAUAGUGCUUGGACAUGUCUUUGGAUGUCUAGAAGAAUGCCUUAUCAUAGCUGCAGCUCUCUCAUUGAAGAAUUUUUUUGCAAUGCCUUUCAGACAGCAUCUUGAUGGAUAUAGGAAUAAAAUGAAUUUUUCUGGCAACAGUAAGAGUGAUUGCAUUGCGCUUGUUGAAGCUUUUAAAACUUGGCAAGCCUGCAGACAAAGAGGAGAAUUUCGUCAUCCAAAGGAUGAACUUGACUGGGGACGAUUAAAUUACAUUCAGAUCAAGAGAAUUAGAGAGGUGGCUGAGUUAUAUGAAGAACUGAAAAAUCGAAUCACACAAUUCAACAUGUGUGUUGAUACUCAGAGACCCGUGAUGGACCAUGAAUAUGUUUAUAAACAGCGAUUUAUCCUGCAGGUUGUAUUGGCUGGUGCUUUCUACCCAAAUUACUUUACUUUUGGACAACCUGAUGAGGAAAUGGCAAUAAGGGAGCUUGCUGGCAAAGAUCCUAAAACAACUGUAGUGCUGAAGCAUAUUCCUCCAUAUGGAUUUAUCUACUACAAACAACUUCAAUCUCUCUUUAGGCAAUGUGGUCAAGUAAAAUCCAUUGUAUUUGAUGGUACAAAGGCAUUUGUGGAAUUUUCUCGUAAUCCAACAGAAAGAUUUAAAACUCUUCCUGCUGUAUAUAUGGCAAUUAAGAUGUCUCAGCUAAAAGUUUCACUUGAACUCAAUGUUCAUGCUGGUGAAGAAAUCGAAGGCAAAGUACAAGGAGGAACAGUUACAAAGCUGAGGAACACAAGAGUGAACGUGGACUUCCAGAAGCAGACAAUUGAUACUAUGCAGAUCUCAUUAGAUGCUCUAGAGCAGUCACAAGCAAUUACAAGCCUGCUCUUAACUAUUGAUGUCACUGAGGUUGUAGAAGUUGGUCACUUCUGGGGUUAUAGGAUUGAUGAAAAGAAUACAAAUAUACUGAAAAAGCUAACAGUUGAAAUAAACCAGUUGAAAUUGGUGCCUUUGCCAAUUCGUCCAUAUCCUGAUUUAGUUUGUCUGGCACCAUUUGCUAAUUUGAAUAAAGAAACCUACUUUAGAGCUCAAAUCCUAUAUGUUUCUGGAAAUUCUGCUGAGGUCUUUUUUGUAGAUUAUGGUAAUAGAUCACAUGUAAGCCUAGAUCUUUUAAUGGAAAUCCCUUGCCAUCUUCUAGAGCUUCCAUUUCAGGCUCUGGAAUUCAAGAUUUGUAAGAUGCGUCCUUCUGCCAAGUCUCUUGUAUGUGGAGAACACUGGAGUUAUGGGGCCAGUCAAAGGUUUGCUGCUUUAGUCAAUGGCUGUGCUCUUAUAGUGAAAGUGUAUUCAGUUGUACACAGUGUUCUGCAUGUGGAUGUGUAUCGUUACUCUGGAAUUAAAGAAGUGGUCAACAUUCGGGAUGUGCUUAUCAAAGAAUGCUAUGCUGAAUUAGCAGAAGAGUCUUAUGAAUCAAAACAAAACAAUGAAAUGCUGAAGGAAUUCUUUUCGAAGUCAGUGGAAAAUGCUGCCAGUGCAACUAUACCACCAGUAACUCAUAGUAAAGAAGAUGAAAAGUUUCUGAUCCGAAUAUUGUUAGACAGCUUUUCUGCUAAUAAACUUGGGGCCCCAAAUUGUAAGGUACUACUUCAUGGUCCUUUUAAUCCCUAUGAGCUCAAGUGUCACAGUAUGACCCGAAUAUCUAAGUUCAGAUGUGUAUGGAUUGAAAAAGAGAGUAUCAACUCUGUUAUUAUCAGUGAUACCCCUGAAGAUCUCCACCAGCGCAUGUUGGUUGCUGCUUCUCUUUCAGUAAAUGCAACUGGAUCUACUAUGCUGCUGAGAGAAACAUCUCUCAUGCCUCAUAUUCCGGGACUGCCAGCAUUACUUAGCAUGUUGUUUGCUCCAGUUAUGGAACUGAGGGUUGAUCAGAGUGGAAAAUGUUAUACUGGUGCUCUUUGUGGUUUGGGGUGGAAUCCAAGUACUGGAACACCAAUACUGCCAGAGCAUGACAUUGAGUUGGCAUUUGACGUCCAGUUAAAUGUGGAAGACAUUGUUGAGAUUAACAUUCUUCGGGCAGCUAUUAACAAGAUAGUUUGUGAUGGACCAAAUGGAUGUAUGUAUCUUGGGCCUGAAAGAAUUGCACAGCUACAGGAUAAUGCUCGUCAGAAACUUUUAGGUCUGUUCUGCAAAUUGAAACCAAGAGAAAUAAUUGUUCCCACAUGGUAUGAAAAAACAUAUGAUUGGAAUCAGGUAGAUCCAAAGCUGAUCAUGGAACAAUCUGACAGGGAGAGUGGAAGAGGAAAAUAUACAUUUCUCUAUCAGCUUCAUAAACUGAUUGUAUUAAGUACCUAAGAUAUUUCAUCGAAUCAUAAUCAAGAUUCAGCAUAAAGGAAGUUAUGUAAAAGUG